AGCCGUGUGAAGAUGUGGACGCUGAGUCUUCAGGUGGUUGUCGUCUCGGUCUUCCUACAGGUGCCGGGGUGUUUCCCAUCGUGCCUCAUUAUGGGCUCUGUAGCCAACUGUGGCUCCCAGAACCUCCGCUGGGUUCCUCCUCUCCCUCCUCACAUCACCCACCUGUACCUGGAGAUGAACCACAUCCGUGAGAUCAACUCCACCUCCCUGUCGGGCCUGGAGGAGCUGCGUGAGCUGGACCUUGGACGACAGUAUGUGCCUCUUGUGAUCAGGAACAACGCCUUCAGCGGGCAAAGACUCCUGAGGAGGCUGGUGCUCGGCUUCAACAUCGGCCUUCAACUGGAGCCGCAGGCUUUCGCCGGACUGUCCGGUUUGCAGAAUCUCCACCUGGAUUACUGUUCGCUUCAAGAGUCCAUACUGAAGGAGAACUAUCUGGAGCCACUGUCCUCCUUAGAGACUCUUGACCUCUUUGGUAACAAGAUAACAAGACUCCAGCCCUCCAUGUUCUUUACAAACAUGACUAAUUUGAAAGUUUUGAAUCUCAAGCUGAACCAAAUUGACAAAAUAUGUGAGUCUGAUCUGGUUGGUUUUCAAGGAAAGAACUUCAAGGUCCUGAACUUGGACUCUGUUCACCUGAAGGCCAUGUUUAAUGAACAUUUUGACUGGCAGGAAUGUGGGAAUCCUUUCAGGGGAAUGUCCUUUGAGACACUCGACAUGUCCUACAACGGGUUUAGUGUGGGUAAGUCCGAGCAGUUCUUCACAGCCAUUAAGGGGACUAAGAUCUCCCAUCUCAAACUGUCAGGACACAUGGGUAAAGGAUUUUCAUUCAACAAUCUUCCCGAUCCAGACCGCAACACGUUCGUAGGCCUAAAUGACAGCUCAGUCCGCACUUUGGAUCUGUCUAAGAACAGGAUAUUUGCAUUGCAACAGGGGGUUUUCAGUCUGCUGAAAGAAGUCGCAAUCAUUGACGUUUCCCAAAACAGAGUGAAUCAGAUACACAGACAUGCCUUUGAAGGGCUUCAGGGACAUUUAAAAAUGGUCAACCUGUCACACAACCUGCUGGGGGAAAUCCAUUCUUACACUUUUGCUUCUCUGACAAACCUGAGAGUAUUGGACUUGUCCUCCAAUCACAUUGGUGCUCUGGGUUCUGGCUCAUUUAGUGGACUCCCACAAUUAAAAGCAUUAUAUCUGACAGGAAACUCUUUGCAAGACCUUGGCUUUGCCGCGUCUCUCCCGAGCUUAGAUUAUCUGCUGUUGAAUGACAAUAAACUGACGCCGUCGUCAGUGAGCGGUCUCGCACGCUUUGCCGGUAAUGUCAUGCAGCUGGACAUUCAGGACAACAGAUUGACAAACCUGGGGGACGUUACCAUGCUUUUGACUCGACUGAAACGCCUCCAGCAUCUCUUCUAUGGAGGAAACAGAAUCAGAUGGUGCUCGCUCAGUGGACGGGUUUCAGCAGUCGGUUUGAAUGAUGUCCGAACUCUGGAUCUUCACGGCAGCUCCCUGCAGUCCCUGUUGUCUCAGGGGAGGUGCCUGAAUCUGUUUGACAAUCUUGGACAUGUGAUUGUUUUGAACUUGAGCUUCAAUGCGCUGCAGUCUCUUUCUCAGGGCCUUUUCAAGGGCCUCACCUCAGUGGUGGAGAUGGAUCUCUCGUCCAACAGCUUGACCUAUCUCCGGCCUGAUGUGUUACCAAAAAGUCUCAAAGCACUCAACCUCUCCAACAACUUCGUAGCCUCCCCCGUCCCCGCCGCUUUUCGCUCUCUGAGCUUCCUCGACCUGAAGAUGAACCGAUUUCACUGCGAUUCAAACCUGAAGAGCUUCCUGACGUGGCUGAACAAGACCAACGUGACCCUUCUCAGUCCUGUUGAGGAGCUCAGAUGUGAAUUUCCUUCUGGUCUCUAUAAUGUUCCUCUGUUAGAUUUCUCUGCUCGGACGCAGUAAACUAGCAACUAAACGUGAACAAAUAUGUUUGACCACUCAGGGGGACAACCAGCGAAUCGUAAGGAAUUAUACACAAGGGCCACGUAAUGUUGAUCUGUUGAGUCUCUGUAUGAUCUGAAUUUGUAAAAAAAGUGCCUGAUAAUGAAAUCUCUGAAAGAACUUAAAAUUUGUGAAGGAAAAUGUUAAUGUAAUUCAUUUUCAGA